GGCUGAGCUCUUCCUGCGGCGGUGCAAAACAGACUGGCGGAUCUGAGGAACGGAGAAUUGCAGUUUCUGGGUGGAAGAAGCAAACCCAGUGAUGGCCUCGGCUCCUAUAGCACCUUACAACUCCAGUCCUCUGGGGAACAGCUCCAGCCCAAACGCGUCGAGAGAGAGCCUGAAGAUGGAGCCACUGGCAGAUGUUGCCAUGCUGCCGGGAGAAGAGAGAGUGAUCGAUAAAGACAUCAUCUACAUCUGCCCUUUUAAUGCUGCAGUCAAAGGAAAGGUGUUCAUCACCAACUACAGACUCUACUUCAAGAACACUGACUCAGAGACGCCAGUUAUCCUGGAUGUGCCAUUAGGUGUUAUAAGCCGUGUAGAGAAGAUGGGCGGAGCCUCCAGUCGAGGAGAGAACUCCUAUGGGCUUGAAAUCACCUGCAAGGACAUGAGGAACCUGCGAUUUGCUCUGAAGCAAGAAGGCCACAGUCGAAGAGACAUCUUCGAGAUUAUUUUCAAAUAUGCUUUCCCACUGUCUCAUGGAAUGCAACUCUUUGCCUUUCUGAGUCAGGAGAAGUAUGAGGAGAAUGGCUGGAACGUUUAUGAGGCCAUGGAAGAGUACAGGAGGCAGGGUGUACCCAAUAGUGAGUGGAGGGUCACUUUCAUCAAUAAGAACUACGAGCUGUGUGACACCUAUCCCACAAUUCUUGUUGUUCCAUACAAGGCCACAGAGGAAGAUCUUAAAAGAGUCGCUACCUUCCGCUCCCGCUGCCGCAUCCCGGUGUUGUCGUGGUUCCAUAAAGAGAACCAUGCUGUGAUCACGCGGUGUAGCCAGCCUUUGGUGGGAAUGAGCGGCAAGCGCAACAAAGAUGAUGAACGUUAUUUGGACCUAAUCCGUGAGGCCAAUGGUACCACCAAACUCACCAUCUAUGACGCCAGGCCUAAUGUCAAUGCUGUGGCAAACAAGGCCACAGGAGGGGGUUAUGAGGGCGACGAUGCAUAUCAGAACGCUGAGCUUGUCUUUCUGGACAUCCAUAAUAUCCAUGUCAUGAGGGAGUCACUGAAGAAGUUAAAGGACAUUGUCUACCCCGGUGUGGAGGAGUCUCAUUGGCUCUCCAGCCUGGAGUCCACCCACUGGCUAGAGCAUAUUAAGCUGGUGCUAUCAGGGGCCAUUCAGGUGGCUGAUAAGGUGUCUUCUGGGAGCUCUGUGGUGGUGCACUGCAGUGACGGCUGGGACCGCACAGCUCAGCUCACCUCUCUGGCCAUGCUGAUGCUGGAUUCAUACUACAGGACUCUCAGGGGCUUCCAGGUGCUGCUGGAGAAGGAAUGGAUCAGCUUUGGACACAAGUUCGCUUCAAGAAUCGGCCAUGGAGACAAAAACCAUGCCGAUCAGGACAGGUCACCUAUCUUUGUGCAGUUUAUUGACUGCGUGUGGCAAAUGACUAAACAGUUCCCAACAGCAUUUGAGUUUAAUGAACGUCUCCUAGUGGUAAUCUUGGAUCACCUGUACAGCUGCCGCUUUGGCACUUUCCUCUACAACUGUGAGAGUGCCCGUGAAAGCAAUAACGUUCGGGUGAAGACGGUGUCUCUGUGGUCUUUUGUCAAUCGUGACACAUCCUUGUAUAUAAACCCCUUCUACACACCAGAGUCCAGUUGCGUGCUUUACCCUGUAGCCAGCAUGCGCCACCUAGAGCUUUGGGUGACUUAUUACAUCAGGUGGAACCCUCGCAUACAACACCAGCAACAGAGUCCAGUGGAGCAGCGCUAUAAGGAGCUACUGGCAUUGAGGGAUCAGUACCUGAAGAAACUGGAGGAACUGCAGCUCUCAGACUCCGCCCCCUCCUCCACCCACUUGACAAACCGCUCCACCCCCAAUGCUGCCACGCCCAAUCAGCACAUCACACACUUACAGACACCGUUUUGAUCCCACUCACAAAACUGUUACAGACGUUGGACAUUUGUACAUAGCAAAAGUGAUAAUUAUGGUAACACAAUUAGUAGUGAUGUCGACGAUAACGAGUAACAAAACAAUUAUGCAAUAAACCACAGUACGGCCUUCAUCA